AUGUCAACAGAUUGGUUUUAUUAUAUCAGAAAAUACGGAUUACAAGCAGACUUUCGAUUUGACGACUUUCGAUACAUUGGUGCAACACAAUUUCAAGCAUUAGAAAUAUUUUGUCAAAUGGUAAACCAAACAAUCUCAAAUAAUUUGAUUCAGUUCUAUUCAGCUCAAUAUAUUAGUGCAAUUGUUACGCCAUCACACGCAUUCGAAUUACAAACUCAAGCGUUGCUCAAUCAAUUCAAGAACUUGACAAAAACAAAUGCUUUUCUUUUGCUCGAUAUGAUACGAGGUACUACUCAAGCCAAUAUAUUAUACUCGGGACAAGAAACGAACUACGGCGUAGAGAUCUUCCAAGAUUCGCGCGGGAUCAGCGUAUCUCCACGUUCGUACAACAAUUGUAGUUGUGAUUAUUCAAUGAAAUGCGCUUAUGAAACACGCAUCUAUGCAAGUGACAGCCAACCAACGAUAUUUUAUAUACCGGGUUUAUUAACCGGAUGCUAUGUUAUUGAAGCGAUUCUUCAAUCAACUCUUGAAUGUUUUUAUAAUAAAACAUGUAUUACUCAAAUUCAGUCAUAUAUUGAAGAAAUUCCAUCAAUGAAUAUAACUCCACUUGAUUCAUCAUUGCCAACUCAAUAUUCGGUCAAUUCAACUAUUCAAGAGCUUCUCGAUCAUUUGAUGGUAGAAUACUGGAAUAUCUCAACAACAUAUGAAAAAUAUUAUAAUCAAUGUCAACCAAUACAAUGUACAUAUACUUAUAAAGGGAAGAAUACUGUGAUUUACAUAUUCAACGUAUUACUUGGACUGUUGGGUGGUUUGAUCACAGUUUUGAAAGUGAUUGUGCCGAUAAUGGUUAGAUUCAUCAGAAAACAACUAAGACGACAACGAGAAAUACCAACACCAGAAAUCCGUAAGGGAAACAAAUAA